AUGCAUACGAAGAAUGCCUCUAAUUAUAAUUAUGACACCUCUCGUCAUUUUAUGUGCAGUGGUGGUUUCGGUGAGGUGAAUAUUUCUGAUUCGAGCUAUUCGAGUUGCUCUGAAGAUUCACACAGCUCAUUAUCACGUGAGCCAUCCGACGCAUUAAAGACUGAUAACGGAUUAAUGCGACACUCCAUGAUUACAAGUUUUCAUAUGGUUGAAUUUGCUACUAAACUCGGAUAUACUGAGCAGCAGCUGGAAAUCGUACUGGAGAAGUUGGGACGUAACGCUGGACAAGAUGAAAUUCUUAGUGAACUGAUUAAAUUGGGAAGAAAAUAUGAUGAUGAUAAUAUUAAUCUGAAACCUCAAGUAUCGACAACGACUACAUCUAUGUUGAGGAGUAUUGUUAUCGAUGGCUCGAAUAUUGCUAUAACUCAUGGCCGAAAAGAGGUGUUCUCUUGUCUUGGUAUUCGAGAGUGUGUUCAAUUUUUCAAGGAUCGAGGUCAUACAGAUAUCAUCGUUUUCGUACCUCAGUUUCGCCGAGAAGCACCUCGAUCAGAUUUUCAACUUAUUUGCAAGGUAUGGACACCGUCUCGGCGAAUCGGUGGCCGUCGAAUAGUUUGUCACGAUGAUCGUUAUAUCCUGAAAACAGCUGAGGAAAAGGAUGCUGUAAUUGUUAGCAAUGAUGAAUAUCGCGACCUGAUAAAAGAAAGUCCACAGUAUCGUAGAUUGGUUGAACAAAGAUUGCUCAUGUAUUCAUUCGUUGACGGAAGGUUUAUGCCACCGGACGAUCCACUUGGACGACACGGGCCAAAUUUGACGCAGUUUCUUUGCAGAGGAAACGUGCAACAGCCAACUGCACAACUUUGUCCUUAUGCUCGUAAAUGUACGUAUGGCAAUAAGUGCAAAUACUUUCAUCCAGAACGACCAAAUGGUGUGCAUAUCAGCGUGACGGAACGUCUUCUCAAAGGAAAGCAACAACGAAAACAAUUUCUUUCAGCGCAUGUGGGUCAACAAUUCAAAAAUACAUCAUAUUUGUUCGCUCCGUCAACAGCGGUUUGGGGGGAGUCAGAAUUACGUGUUGGUCCAUUGAUUAGAUAUCAGACCGAACAAACCAGUAAUCAUCAUUGUGCCCAAGAUGAUCGUGAACGUCUGUGUGAUCUUCUGUGUCAUCUAUUUCCUGAAGCAUCCGUACUCGCUGUAAUGGAAGCACAUCCCAAUGAAACAGACCCUCAGAUAUUAUGCGCUCGUAUAAUCGACUUGCAGAAAGGCUUCAAUUUGUGA